UGCCCGGCUCGAAGGCCAAUGGCUGCGAUCACGUCCAUUCGGAGCCCAAGAACCCAUCAAUCAAUUCAAUGCGAUUUAAAUAACCUUUGGGCACUCACUUAAAGUCAGCUUUUAACGGCUUAAAAAAAACCCAACAACAAGUGGCCGCCAGUCAGCGGUUUCAUUGUCAUUCGCAUUGUGCGUAAUUAGCAUUUCAAGAAAUACAAAAACAUUUUUUGUAUAUUAAUUAAAUUACAAAACAGAGCGGAGAGUCGUAGAGAGAGUCGUCGACGUUAGAAAUAAAACGUUUAAGCAUUGGCAUUGUGUGAUUUGGCCCAGGUUUCUGUUUCUGAGCGCGAUUGUAUGGGUAUUUCUCAUUGAAAUCCAGCACAGCUUACGUUGGCUUUUGUUUGGUUUUGUUUUGUUUUGUUUUGAAGAAAAAGCUCGGACAGCAAAAUUAUGGCCAAGGUCAGACGUAAAAAGUUCUUGUAAUUAUUUCAAGUGAAUUUCAGUCUGCCUCCUCCCCCUUUUUAGUUAUAUUUACUUUUAUUGCUACAACUUUUUGCUGUCGUUGGUUAAUUGUUAGCCGCCCUCCCCUCUUUCUCUUUCAUUGUCACUUAUGUUUUGGCUUUGACUGAGGAAAAUUUCAUGAUUAAAGCUAGUCCAAGGUUGUUUUAAUUCAGUAACCAGCUUCGCUUUAAAUUUCCUGCAGACAGAAAUGGUCUCUUAUCCAAUUUCAACUUGCUGUUAAAAUAAUAAAGCUACUGCUCUUGUAUAUGACUUUUUUUCCUACAAAUGAAAUAGACUUGAUAUUAAAACUCAUUUAUAUUGAAACUUAGACAGCCGUUGAAAUGUCAACUUUGUGAACUCUUUCUCAUAAAACAUUACAAAUAGUAUUACAAAUAUUAAUAGGGUUUGUGCUAGGGAACUUAUUUUUGCAAAUAUCAUUCAAAUAAAGAUAGUGAAAGAAUAACAAAUACUAAGAUUUUCAAUGUACUACAAAUUAUUUGUGAAAAUUUUUCGAUAGUGAUGAAUAGGCCAUGACUUUGCCAGUUCCCAAAUAUUUAAGGCCCAACCGAGUGCAGAUUUCGAUUAGAGAAUGGUGCGUCUGGAGACAAGAGAUGGCAGGAUAAUUGAAGUGGACAUGGCUCUGCUCGGUCGCUCGUUGGUCAUUCAGGAGAUGUGUCGCCUUGGCCAGGAUGCAGAGGACGAAGACUUUGUUGUCCCGCUGCACGGCAUUCGCAGCGAUGUCCUGCUCAAGAUCUUACUGUGGGCCCAAUUCCACCAGGGUCACGAAGAGCCCGCCUGGGUGGCCAAAAACGUACCGGUUUCGGCCGUGGAUAUCGAACUCCAAACAUCCGACUGGGACAAAGAGUUCCUACGCGUCGAGAUCGAGAUUAUUUGCGACUUGAUGGAGGGCUCCAAUUACUUGGACAUCCGUUGGCUGUACAAGCUCUGUGCCAUGAAACUCGUCUUCCACAGCAGACGAGACCCAGUUUCCCAGAUUAGCAAGUUUCUGGACGAGAUACCCUCUUUGGCCGAGUUCCAGUCACUCUUCACCGAGCAAUAGCACAGUACUUUUAAGAUGCAUAUAAAUCGAUUGGCCAUGACACUUAAAAAAUAUUUAUUUAAAUUUUAGAUGCUUAACUCUUGACUUGUGGUAAUCUUGAAAUUAAGAAACAUAUUUAAGGCUUCAAAUAGGUUUUUAUUUGAUAAAUUGAAUGAGGCAGGUGCAAGAAUAAAAAUGUAUUAAUUUGAAAAAAUAGUUUAGAUAUUAUUAUAAUACGGAGUGCAAAUGAACAACGAUUUUGGGUUAUUUUCUUAUAUUGUUAUAAAUUCAUUUACUACAGUUUAUUGAAAAGUGCAUUUAAAAACUAAAGCAAAUAUCAAUAUCAAAGAUUUUGUAAGCUUUAUUUUGAUUAUUUGUUAGUAAUGUCCCAUACCUUUAAAGAAUUUUGUUAAGCACUUUAUAUUUUUCCGCAGCUAAAUAUAAAUCAAUUGGUUAUGACGCUAAAAAAAUAUUUAUUCAAGUUUACGAUAUUUUAGCCUUUACUUGUAGUAAUCUUGAAAUUAAGACAAAUAUUUAUGACUUUAAAAUGAUUUUUAAUUUAAUUUAGAAAUAUUUUCUUAACAUUUUUUUGUAAUCUCUUUGGGAAAUUUUAAAACAAAGACCAUGAUAUUUCGGUUUGUUUUUGGAGCAAGUUAGCUUUGGCAGAGACAUCGACCCCUUAGCCUUGCGAUGGCCGCAUAAAUGGCGCUGGCAUAAAAAAUGUGCCCCAUAAACGACUUCGUCUCCGUUUUCCACUGCAAUUAAAGUUGACACGCUACACCAACAACAACAACAACCGAAACGACAACAACAACCAACAAGAAACAGACUAACAACUUUGACGAGGCCCUUCAAAUCCCAGCCGAGCAUGAAAAAAAGUGAUGUAAAAAACCGACUUGAGACAUGCAAAACACCACAAGAAUAUCGAUUCGAAUUCGAAUGAGUCAGCAGCGUUUGCUGCUUUUGUUUUUAUUUUUUUAUGUUUUCUUUUUUCUGUUUUAUGUGCUGUCAGAAAUGCAGAAAAAAUAUGAGAUAUCCAAAUGUUUGCUGGCCUAUCAAUUGCCGGCCAAAUAAAUUAAGCCUUUAAUUGUGAAAUCCAGAACGGCCUGUGGCACGAUUCGUUUUUGUCUUUCCUGGGAUCGUUUUCGUUUCUUUUUGGCUACUGAUCUACUCCUUUUGCUUUUGUCUACAGUUGCCAGCUCUUUGUCACGGCUCAAGCUUUGGUUUUCCUUUUAUUUUAAUCAUUUUUGAGCGCUUGGGUUCUUGGGUCACGUUCUCCCCGCUGUUUUUCAGUGUGUUUGUGUGUGUGCGUACGGUUAUAGGAAAAUCGGGGGAAUGUCAGCGAAUGAGUAAUUGCCGGCUGAUUAAGAUAUUAUGCAAUCGAAAGAAUUGCCAAAAAGCUAAGUAAAGAAUUUUCCAUUAAGAGAUUAUCAAAGAUGGAACUGCAGAUAUUAUGCAGAUUCUAUUAAUGGUUUUUAACUUCCUAGGAAUAUUUAAAGACUUAAUAAUAAUAAUUAUAUUAACUGUGAUAUUGACAUUGAAGUUGGUAUAGCAUAUUCUUUGCCAUUAGCAACCCUAUUUACCAAAACAAGCAAAUCACCCAAAAUUCGCUUUGGAUAAGGUGUCGUAACACCCUGAACUUUUCACACUUUGCUAAUCACUGGCAUAAACACAAAAUUCCAAAAUGGGAGAAGUUAAAACCUGAAAAUUUAACGCCGACAGAAGCGGUUGCUAAUUUCCGCCGCUUGUCAGCCGUGGCGACAAGGUCAACACACCCAAGGAAAUGGAAGGAAAAAUGACGAACGCCGACGAGUUCGCAAUUUGGUGAAUAGUUAAUAACCCGCAACUUGCAACCCAAGCCCAAGUUCCAAAAUCUUCAAAAUCCGCAACGCCUGUAUAGCCGUUCAUGGCUUUUGUGAGUGAAUAAUUUCUUUGUGUUUGACUGACUGCGCGAAAGGUCGAGUGACACUCUUUCGAACGUCUGCCGCUGUUGACUUUGACCGGCUGGAAAGAGAGGAAAACAAUUGCGAAACAAACACUGCUGGCCGCUGUUGGCCAUAAACAGUGUAUUGGCCUCAACCAGAGCCAAUUUGAAGCACACUUUUUGCGUUAAUAUGGCGGCUACACCUUUUACUUUGACUUGACUCUGAUUGCACUUGGUAGACACUGCCACCACCACCACCACCGCCAUCGAAGUCGAACUCGUCGUCAUGCCGGUUAUAGCGUUGUACUUGCACACCGGGCGUAUGAGUAAUCUCGCACAAUUUCAGUAAUUGCCCGCGCAGCAGCAGCAGCAGCAGCCCAGCUAGCCAUACAAAUUACGAACAGCGCAAAUUUCACAAUAUCCGUCAUUGCACUCGGCGAAAACCGAAAAUAAAAUCAAACUUAAGCUUGGACAAAUAGCUGGGUAAACAGCAACUUAAUGGCAACUGCCAACCAAUCGAAUCGAAUGACAACUUUAGCUAGGGCUGGAUUUGGUUCGUUGGACUUCUAGAUGCAGUUGGUUGGCUUCAGUUUAGUUCUUAAUAAACUACAUUUUGCUAAGAGUCUUGGGAAAUAUGAUAUCAUGUACAAGAAAUCAUUAGUGCUUCCUGGCUGCGAAGAAUUAUUACUAUUUUGUGAGUAAUAAUAAUAAUAAUAACAGAUAAUGAAUUGCAAUGAAUUAUAAGACUUUUCUGAUUAAUAUUUAAGUGUACUUUAAAAAU